AAAACAUGUGAAAAGUAAGUGUCAGUUUUGUUCCUCAUCCAGGCCUGGAGACUGGUUGGAUCUGCGAGCCCACUGUCUCUUAAUCUCGCGAGAGCGGCCCCUCACAGCGGCGCCUGGGCGAUGCGAUGCUGUUGCUGUGAGUUUGAUUGACGGGAAACAUGUCGGUGUGGUGGGAGCGAACCGGGAUGCAGCUGCUGCCAAGGGAGACAAGGAGUACCUGCAUCCAAUCCACACAUCAGCACCUUUAAAACCACCAGGCUUUCUCCCGAUACGUCUGCUUAUGAUGCACUGAACAGCUUCUCUCUCUUUAAAAAAACCCCAUCCAUUUGAAGCGAAGGGGCACUCAAUGGAUGCUGUGGCAAACCGUGUAGUCCCGCUCGGUAUCUUCAUAUUGUGUUUGAUUUAGCCUACAACCAGAGACACCUGGAUGAAACAGCAGGAACUACGAGGACUGUUGUUGCAAUGGAGUCGACUCUCUCACGGCUCAAACCCCGUCUGUAAACCUACAACAUCUCGUUUCAUGGCGUUUUGCAGGUUGCUCUGUUCCGUGGGCUCUUCCACGUUUAUGUUCUAGGCUAUUCUUAUUUUGUUGUUGUUGUUGUUUUUAUUUUUUUUUUGAAGUGCAAAGGGAAAAUAAGACCACUGCUCGCAAAACUAUGAACGAGGAGAUGACAAAAAGCGAAGAGCAGCAUCUUAGUUUGCAGAAAGCCUUGCAGCAGUGCGAGUUGGUGCAAAAUAUGAUAGACAUAAGCAUUUCUAGUUUGGAGGGUUUACGGACCAAAUGUGCCACAUCCAACGACUUGACACAAAAAGAGAUACGAACGCUGGAGGGGAAGUUGGUGAAGUACUUCAGCCGCCAGCUGUCCUGUAAGUGCAAAGUGGCCUUAGAAGAGCGAAGCGCCGAGCUGGAGGACUUCCCUCGCCUCGGCCACUGGUUCCGCAUCGUCAACCUGAGGAAAGAGGUCACACAGGAGAUGAGCCCAGGUGAGGUGACCCUGGAGGGCCUGCUGGAUUUGAGUGAGGAGCAGGUGUGUGAGCUGCUGCAGAAGUUUGGUGCCAACGAAGAGGAGUGUGCCCGACUCAACGCCUCCCUCUCUUGCCUCAGAAAGGCCCACCAGCUCGAACAACUUGAGGAGGAUAAAUUGCACAGUAACGGAGGGAGCCAGGCGAAGCAAGACUGGUCCAUUCAGUGGCCCACCUCUGAAUCGGGCAAAGAAAACACUCCUGUGUGCCAGCCAGAGGCCAGUCAGUGGAUCCGGUUCCAGCUCUCCCAAAGCCCCAAAGUCCAGUCCAAGUACAACCAGCACAUGUGCCACAGCCCCCAGGCCCUGGCCCCCCCUUUAUAUGCCGAUCGGCUGACCGUUGACAGCCCUGCCACAGGGCUCUUCAAUCCCUUGGACUCUGGUCAUCGCUCCCUGCCCCCAUCACCGCGCCAGAGGCAUUUUGGCCACACACCUCCUCGGACUCCCUUGGUGGUCAACACCAUGACCCCGCCUGGCACUCCCCCCAUGCGGCGAAGGAACAAAGUGAAGGCCCCGGGAACGCCACCUCCGCCGAGCCGCAAGCUCAUCCAUCUGCUGCCGGGCUUCACCGCACUGCACCGCAGCAAAUCCCACGAGUUCCAGCUGGGGAACCGCUUGGAUGACACACAGACACCAAAAGCCAAGAAGAAGACCAAACCCUUGAACCUUAAGAUCCACAGCAGUGUGGGCAGCUGUGAGAAUCUGCCCACGCAGCGCUCACCCCUCCACAACGAACGAUCUCUGCGGUCCUUCUUCUUCCCCUCCUUCAUCCCUUCGACACCUCCUGUCCAUGCUGAAACACCCUCUGCAAACACUCUUUCAGUGCCUCGCUGGUCCCCACAGAUUCCCCGAAGAGAUCUGGGAAACUCAAUAAAACACAGGUUUUCCACAAAGUAUUGGAUGUCACAGACAUGCAUAGUAUGUGGAAAGGGAAUGUUGUUUGGACUGAAAUGUAAAAACUGCAAGCUGAAGUGCCACAACAAAUGCACCAAAGAAGCCCCACCUUGCCAUUUACUGAUCAUACAGCGAGGCGGACGAGAAUCCCUCAAAGACCACCAAGGAACAACUCAAGUAGCUCGUCUAGUACGGACCGAAUCAGUGCCAUGUGACAUCAACAACCCACUCAGGUACACAGACCUGCACAUCAGUCAGACGCUCCCCAAAACCAACAAAAUCAACAAGGAUCACAUCCCAGUCCCGUACCAACCAGACUCCAGCAGUAAUCCCUCAUCCACCACCUCCUCCACCCCAUCCUCCCCGGCUCCUCCCCUGCCUAGCAGUGCCACGCCUCCCUCACCACUACAUCCCUCCCCACAGUCAGCACGGCAACAGAAACAGUUCAACUUGACAGCCUCCAGUUAUUUCAAAUACAAACAACAGUUCAUCUUCCCAGAUGUUGCUCCAGAAGCUCCUCCAAGCAGAGCCCCGCAGGUCAUCCUGCACCCUGUCCUGUCUGAACCAGGGAAUGAAGGCAACCCUUUACUUCAAAUCGAGGUUGAACCUACAUCAGACAAUGAGGAGGGCAACGAUGAGGACUCUGGUGACGAGUUCGAGGAGAUGAACCUCUCACUUCUGUCGGCUCGCAACUUCCCACGCAAGGCCAGCCAGACCAGCAUCUUCCUGCAGGAGUGGGACAUCCCGUUUGAGCAGCUGGAGAUCGGGGAGAUGAUCGGUAAGGGACGCUUCGGCAAAGUUUUCCACGGACGCUGGCACGGUGAGGUGGCCAUCCGCUUGAUCGACAUCGAGCGCGACAAUGAGGACCAGCUCAAGGCUUUUAAGCGUGAGGUGAUGGCCUACCGUAACACUCGCCAUGAGAAUGUGGUGCUGUUUAUGGGGGCCUGCAUGAGCCCACCACAUCUGGCCAUCAUCACCAGCCUGUGUAAAGGCCGGACACUUUAUUCUGUGGUGCGCGAUGCAAAGGUUGUCCUGGAUGUUAACAAGACCAGACAGAUCGCACAAGAGAUGGUCAAGGGGAUGGGCUACCUUCAUGCUAAGGGGAUCUUACACAAAGACAUGAAGUCCAAGAACGUGUUUUAUGACAACGGCAAAGUUGUCAUCACCGACUUUGGACUCUUCACCAUAUCUGGAGUUUUGCAGGCUGGCAGCCGGAGAGAGGACAAACUGAGGAUCCCCAACGGCUGGCUGUGUCACCUGGCCCCUGAAAUCAUCCAGCAGCUGUCUCCGGACACAGAGGAGGACAAGCUUCCCUUCUCCAAACAGUCAGAUGUCUUUGCUUUUGGCACCAUCUGGUAUGAGUUACAUGCACGUGAGUGGCCUUACAAGAGUCAGCCAGCAGAGGUGAUCAUAUGGCAGAUAGGCAGUGGGAUGAAGCCCAACCUGGCCCAAACUGGCAUGGGGAAGGAGAUAUCAGACAUUCUGCUUCUGUGCUGGGCGUACAAGCAGGAAGAGCGGCCCAGCUUCUCCAAGCUGGUAGAUUUACUGGAAAAGUUGCCAAAACGGAACCGUCGCCUUUCCCACCCAGGGCACUUCUGGAAGUCAGCUGAGUAUGUCAAAUGAGUUAGGGACACAAAACAGCAAAACAGUCUGCAACUAUAAAAAAAACAGCCGCCAUAACUCUACAUAAAUAACCCACCUCCUUAAAGAAUGCACUGAAUCCAAAAGCCAGCCCAGUGAUGAAAACUGCCCGUGCUGUGUGUAUUUCCAUGGAAUGUUGGCAUGUGUGUGUACAGAUAAGUUGACUGUCCAGCUUCUCAAAGCAGUCGGGACUCAUAUUUUCUUUGGUUUGAUUUAAACCAUGCAGGAUAUUUUUCCUUUAUCGUUUUUGUCUUUUACUAUUGACUUGAUCCUUUCAUAAUAUUUGAUUUAUUUUCUGGAUGUAUCUUGCUUGUAACUUUCGACUGAUCACGUCAUCAUGGACUUUAAAAAACACAUGUCUGAGUACAAAUGUAGAUUUUUUUUCCCCCAUGUCUUCUUUUUGUUUUGAAUGAACUGUUGUACAUCACGCAUUGUAUAAUUUCACAACAUUGUCUUGCCAUUCCUUAUGUCUGUCAACUGUGUAGACCAUUUUGUUAGUGUUACCUCAUGGUCUCUCAUGUGUGGAUGUCUAUACAGGUUAUAUGUUUGUCUGAAAUUAUUUUCACUUAAAAAAAAGUCCUCUUAUUUAAACUGUACCACUGAAUGUGAAGAAGCCAGCGUCCCUGUUUGUGUGGCGAUGUGUUGGCGCGGUUCUUGGAUGGGAGACUUUUCUCUCAUCAGCCUGUGCUUUGAAUAUGUCCUGAGAACAUAAGUGAGACAUCUGAACAAAAACUUUGUGGGAGAAAAAGCCGUUGGUCAGACUAGGACUCCCUCACUUGACGCUGUUCUGUGAAAUCGUUUACACUGAAAUGUAUCUCGUCAGUCUCUUCAGAAAUGCUAUCAGAGCCAGAGAACUGAGCCCCCAAUCGCCUAUUUCCCAGAUUUAAAUGUUAUUUACUUAGCUAAUAUAAUAUAAUAUAAUAUAAUAUAAUAUAAUAUAUCAUAUAAUAUAGCUAAUGGUAGACACAGAAUAUAAUGGAUACAGAUUAAAAUCUAAAGCUUACUGCUGUAUAGUGAGUGCAGUAGUCUCCAUGAACUUUGUAGACCCUAAUCAGUGACAAAGUACUGAAAAUUACACAUUAGGUUUCUGAGUGGUGUAUAAACUGUUUUAUAAAAUAGUUUGGAAACCUAAAUGGAUCAGAGACCUGUUGCUAAUGCGCCUGGUUCUAAGGUUUGGAUGUUUUAAGAUUCAUAUAAUGAUGUGACUGUUAGGCAGGUAAAAGCAGAGCACAUGACCUUUGAAAAGGCAAAACAAAAACUGAUAGGAGUCAAAGUAAACACUGACUUUGUCUUUGGCUUGUCUUUGGCAACAUUGCUUAACAGCAGUGUUGUAGUCACUUUGACUUGGAACUCAUUUCAUCCUGCCUCAACUUGAAUUUUCAUUUCAAAAAAUCUUUUUAUUUUUAUGCUGAGCAUUUCUGCGAAUGGUAUGUCAUAAACAUUUCAUCAAUAACACAUGCUGGGUAAAAGAUUAACAUUUUUAAAUAUAGUACACUAAAAAUUAGUAAUUUUUGAAAUCAGCACCUAACCAUUGUUAAAUUACUUUUAUUACUCAUUUAGAAAUCAGCUGUAUAAAGAUGUGUUCAGACUGAACGAUGAUGUGAAUUUUAGAGGAAGCUUGACUGCAUUGCAAACAGAUGCUGGAUUCACUAAAGGUAGAGCUAAUGAAUGUGAGACAGUGGCUAAACAGUGACCACUGAGGCUACAAGAGACAGUUAUGAGGUAAUGCUAAAGGCACAACUACUACAAUUAGGCUACUGCUAUGUUUAGCAUUCAGCUAAAAUGCAAAGUAAGAGUAGCGCAAGUGGAGAAGAGUCACAAAGUCAGCAAACUGGCUUAGUAAUGUCAAUUACACAGCAAUAUUUAAAUAAAGUUUGCUAUCAUUAGCCAACAUUAGCUACCAUAAGCUACAGCCAUACCAGACCAAGUAAGACUGUAGCAGCUGUACUGGGUUUAGGUACAUUUAUUGCUUAUGAAUUCAAAUUAAAUUGUAAGAGGAAGAUUAUUUUCUUCUAACCCCAUCCGCUACAUAGCCAACAUGGCAAGCAUGAGAAGUGUUUUUGACCAUUAUUGGUACACCAUCUGGUUACCCAGAGUGCACUGCAUUCUGCCAUAAUUGUCAGUGUGUGAAGUGUAAGUAUGGGGAAAUGCGAAUUCAGACGCACCAAUAGUCUUGCUUUAAUGCAAAGGUGGGCCACUCUAAUCAAACAAUUUUUCAAUUUUAGAGGUAUUUAGAGGAAAACACUAGGGUCUGAAUGAUGACAGUCUGAUCUGUAGUACACACAUAGACUGUUUAGGCAAACACAUACACACACAGUAUGUGCAUAUUGUUAGUUACAGCUGGAUACCAAUACAGUGAGGUGAAAAAAAGCUUUAUGUUUAGUCUGAACACAUCUUAAGGACAAAUGCUGUAGACCUCCAGCAAGUCCAGCAAGUAACAUGGCUAAUCAACUUUAGCAUCUGUGUCCUUUAUUCCCUUGAUUAUAUCCACAAUAUAUGGAGGUUGUACGGGCUGAAGCGCUGUUUUUACACUCUGAACAGAAAAUGAAUGUUUCUUUAACCAUUGCGAAAGGUCAGAUUUUCAUAAGGUUGUUCUCUUUGGACUUAACCGUCUUCUUGUCUUCUUUUAAACAUUUAACAAAACAGACUUUUCUCUUGUCAUGGUAAUAUCUAGGCUACUCUUGACUGCAACACUGCUGAAAAGUUGACUGUGGAGGACAAUUUAAACUUGCCUUCUUGGUUUUUUUUAAAAGAUUUGUUCUACACAAAGCUAAAGGGUGAUUUAUUGCGUUCUUGAUUUAUAAAGUAACAAGUAAGUAACUUAAAUCUGGCUGAACUUUCCCUUUAACAUAAAAGACAUAUCAGGAUGCUGAAGACCACUCCAGGCCAUUUUUCUACUCCAUACUGUAUAUCAUAAUAUAUUUUAAAUGUAUGUUUUAGAGAUACAGCAAAUCUGAGUCAUAUCAUUAUGAAUUGAAAGCUGUGGCAUCAUUUGAGCUGUAUACUGCUUUUGAUUCUCUCUAGCCACGUGGAAUAGAUAGAGACAAUCCAAUCAUGUUAAAUAGCCAUUUUCCACCUUAUUAUAUACACAUCUGUGUGUUGGAAAAAGCAUACAAACAAAUCUGCUGCUGUUUUUUGGAGUCUGUCUAUUUUGGAAUUGCUGGGAUUCAAAUAUUGUAAGUGGAUCAUUUAUAUUUGUACUGUUUACAACUUUCAAGUGCAUGAGAUGGACUAGCAAAGAUCGAUUCUUGUUAUGAAAAAAAAUCCUUCUACAGUAUAUAUAAAAAGUAUGUGAGCAUUUUUGGAUGAUCUGAUGAACUGUUGUCCAUUGAGCAGUUUGAUCUCAAUAUCUAAUUAAGUUUUACGUCAGGCUUUGCAAAUCUUUUCAACAGCUUGUUUGAGAGAAUGAUUGUUUCACAAUAUUUAUAGAUUAUAUAAAAAGAUUAGAAUAGCAUUUAAAUUUUAAAAAAAAGAGUUGCGACCUGUACACAUGCUAGAGUUGACAACAACCUGACUGGGCAACCAUCAAAGAUCUAACAUUAGUGCCAAGUGUACAUAACAGAUUGUAGACUAUGUUUUAUCGUCACUUGCCGUAAUAUCAAUAUUCCUUGUGAAUUCUUUGACUUCUUUCUUUUGAAUGUACAAAUUGUGUUGUGUUUUUUUGUUGUUUCUGUUUUCUGUUAAUUUUAAUUUCUUUUUCGCCAUUUUCCUUCUAAUUGCAUAAGCAUUGAUGCUGUGUUGUUUCUUUUCCUUGAUUCCGUCCUUGUAUUGUAGAUGAUAGCUCCAAAAAGCUUGUAUUUAAUGAUGCCUUAUGAUCCAUGGCUUAGUGAUGAGUAGAUUUUUGAUCACAAGCUCUUUUAUUUGCACUCAUCCUUUACAAAGUGUAUGACAAUAAAAAGAUGUUUUCAUUUUGGACGUU